AUGAAGAAACCUUUGAUCUCUGCAAAGCGAUAAACAGUUCAUGAAUUUUGUGCCUCAAGAGUCUUCUACCCAAAUAGGGCUGUCUGGUCAAGCUAGCUCUGAGACUAUCUGCCUGUUUAGGCCUAGUGGCUGACGUAUACAGAUAUGAAGCUAUCAGAGAUAUUGCAAGCGUUUCAUGGCCUCGAGGCGUGCGAUCGUGUGGACCUCAUCUGUCGAAUGCUACGUCACUGUCUGGCAUUUGAAUCUCGAUUCCUCGGUACCGUAUUAUUAGACGCCUCUAAAGAGCAUUACAAAUCGCAAGUGAAUAAAAUUGAGAUACAUGCCAACAGAGUGAGCUACUACAAGCCCUUCCAAGAGUCAGGCCUCUCUCACCAAGUAUGUCUCAAACUGUGCAGUUCUCUGUCUGUUGUGCAUUCGGAUAAUCGACCUGUGGCUGAGGUCGUAUUCCAAUUACUCAACGAUAAGAAAGUAUUGACGUUUUUUGAGGAUUGCAAUGAGCUCAAAGUGCUGAAGGAUUUCCGACUCCUCUACGUGAUGGCUGUGAAUCACCCUGCUCUCUCAUUCAACCAGCGUCAGCUACUCAUGUACACAUACCUGCAACGAAUGGACCUGCUGUUUAUAGAGAAGUCAAAGUACUCCUUCUCUGGAAGCUUCUCAGGAUCUGUGGAGAAAUCUUUGACUGGUGAUCCAGAAAGCUCGAGAUAUCCACCGGAGAUGCAGUUCAGCUCUCCUGCUCCCGAUGCCUACAUCACUCGGUGUGACGUGCACAGUGUGUAUCGAAGGUCAGGGGACAAACACUACGUAUACAUGGUCCAGGUGGAGUGGUCGGAUGGAGCUACCUACACUGUGAGGAGGACCUAUGGAGACUUCUUCUCAUUCCAGACAAAAUUACUGGACUUGUUCCCAGAGGAGGGUGGUCAGAAGGGCAAGAAGCAUCCUCGCAUGAUCCCCUUUCUCCCUGGCAAGAACUAUCAGCGCUUCCUCAAGGGCAGAGAAACAGCCGAGAAGAGGCUACCAGAGCUGCACAGAUACUCAAAUGGCCCAGUUCAUGCACGUGCUGAGACAGAGGAUCCAGCUGGGGGCCACUGAGUCCAUCUACCUCAUGGUCAAUGGCCUCACUCCCACCACCAGCUCGAGCAUGUCUGUGAUAUACCAGGAGCACAAGGAUGAGGACGGGUUCGUGUACAUGGCCUACAGUGGAGAGAACAGUAUGGGCUGAACUCAAGAGACACUAUGAACUUGUUCCCCCUAACCCUGUGUGUGUGUGUGUGUCCACCUAUUACAUGUACAAUGUGCACUGCUUAUAUUGACAAGAGUUGUUAUAA